GGCGACCAUGCUGCACUACACAAGUGCUGAUCUGACAUCAGAUCCACGGAGUAUAAAUCCCCUUUAUUUGAACCAGCCACGCAUAUUCCAGCUCACAUUUCUGCGCCCUUGACGAACACAAUUCACUACUGUACCGUGCAGCCAUGCCGCCUCCAGACACUAUGUACUGUUCCCAGCAAAUCAAUAUUCCACCCGAGCUGCCCAACCUCCUCAAGAACUUCACCAAGGCAGCCAUCCGAACGCAGCCUAAGGACUUGCUGCUGUGGUCUUCAACAUACUUCCAUGCACUGUGUAAUGGACAGCGUUUGCCCGUCAUAGACCGCUCUGAGAUGAACGUUGCCACACAGAAGACAGACACUGGGCUGACUCCAGGUCUGCUUAAGAAUCUUCACAAACAGCUGUCCCAGAAGACAACUUGCAGCAAGGAGGAGCUGCAGAAGAAAUGGGGGGGUCUGUGUUUACCAUCGGAUCAGAUGGAGACCCUGCUGUCGCUGGGCAGCUUCAGCUCAGAAAUUGACUGGAUGGAGUUUUUCGCCCUGGGCUGCAGCGCUCUGGGAGGGACCCUCAGGAGUUCUCUGAAGUUCGCCUGUGAGAUCUUGACAGAGGAUGAGGAGGAUGGCACCGCGAGGAUCCCGUUCGACACCUUUGUGAAAAUGUACACUUAUCUGGCUCGCCUGGACGGGGACGUGCCACAGGACCACAUUGACGACUUCCUCAGCAGCCUGCAGCCACAAGUAGAGCUCCAGCAUGGGAUGAUAAAACCUCUGGACUUCAUCCAUCAGGACAACAUGGACUGAACCUCCUGACUCAUCAGACCUGAACAAGAACAGGGAAAGACACAUGUAUGCGUAACUGAUAUAUUCAAACCCUAUAUUCAUGCAGUUGGAAGCUUUUGAUGUUGAGUUGCUACUCUAACAUUUAGGUCUGAUUCAAAGCCCAGAAGUAAUUCCUAGUUUCAUGACAGUUCACUUCUCCAUUGUCAAAACAUGCUGAUUCAACUUUUUUUAGUCUUUAUAAAGUAGGACGACACAUCUUCACUCCUUCCUGUUUUUCAUAUAUGAAGCUCAAAUAGAGCCGACACAGUUGCUGCCAUCUUGCGCUUUUGAUGCUUAUCUAUUGUUGGUGGUUUUUACCACUUUGUCUUCUUUAUAUCAGUUCCAUUACAGAGGUUCUAAUCACACUAGAGUUUGUUCAAGUGCUCAGUAUUUUGAUAAGUUUGAUGUGAUUGACAGCUGAGACUUACGUGUGAUCGACCAGAACUAUUUUUGUUAGAUGUUAGGUUGGACAUUUUAUUUGUUUUACCUUUAAAUCAAAUUAAUUUAUCAUUUUUCAGUGCAAACACUGAGCUAUCUGCCAAUAAGACAAUGUCAUAAUAGAGCUACUGCAAAUAGGUGAAACAAUAAAUUUAACAACAGAGAUUGGAGAGACAGCUCGUCACAUGGGUGCGCCCCCCAGCGCGCCAGGCUGUGCUCCACCCCGAGGACGGUGCCCUAGACCCGGGGCUUAGAUGGUUCUGAUUACCUACGACAGGGAUGGAGGAGGCGUCCGGGUCAAGCAGCUCCAGCUCCUGUGGUGAAGCCAGCCGACACUCGCGUCUCUGUGGUCAGAUCACCCGACGCAGAAAUUCCACUGCGCGCAUAUACUGACAUUUAUGGUAAACGCAUCCAAAGCGUUUUUUCAAAAUAAACUGUUGACAUGGAGCAUAUACAAAAUGCAUAAUUGAAAAGGAAAUGGUUUGGAUUAUAUUCACAAGAAGUAUA